UGCACGUGGCGGGGUGGUCAAACCCUGGAACAAAGGGCAAGCCCUCUUCCUGCUCCAAGCCGGCGUCUCGACAAGGAGCACGACGCCAACUUCCCUCGUUCUUUGCUCCCGGAAUCUCUAGGUAUUCGAGUGUAGCGCCCACUGCCCACAGCACCUGUCGGCCAAGCACCCCACAUGGCGGCGAUCUCCCAGCUGCAGCGGGUCGCGGGGCCGCGCCGCGCCUGGGCGCCGCCGCCGGGGACAGGGAGGCGCGGGUCGGUCACCGUCGCCGCGGCCAGGGCGCCGCUGCGGAGGCUGGAGGGCGCGAGCGAGGAGCUCAGGGCCGCCGCCGCGCAGAGCCUCGACUGGGCGCCGGCGCGCCGGCGCGUGCGCGACGUCUUCGCGCCCGUGCUCCCCACCCUCGACCACUGCCUGUUCAAGAUGGCUCCCAAGGGAAUCAAGAUGGAGGAGAAUUUGGAGAUCAAUUCAAAGGGGGUUGAAAUUUUCUGGAAGAGUUGGCUGCCUAGGGAGGGCACUGCCACCAAGGCAGCGCUUUUCUUCUGCCAUGGGUAUGGGGAUACCUGCACUUUCUUUUUUGAAGGGAUCGCCAAGAGAAUUGCCGCCGCUGGAUAUGCAGUAUAUGCUAUGGAUUAUCCUUGUUUUGGAUUAUCGUAUGGUCUUCAUGGCUACAUUGCAAGCUUCGACGGAAUGGUGGACCAUGUCAUUGAGCAAUAUGCAAGAAUAAGAGGCAGGGCGGACGUGCGUGAGCUGCCACAUUUUCUCUUGGGGCAGUCAAUGGGAGGUGCUGUUGCUCUGAAAGUACACUUGAAGCAGCCAAAAGAAUGGGAUGGAGUGCUUCUUGUUGCACCUAUGUGCAAGAUUUCAGAAGAUGUAACACCACCGGUGCCAGUGUUGAAGGCACUGAGCAUGUUAUCAUGCCUUCUUCCAGAAGCUAAGCUAUUUCCACAAAAAGACAUUGGAGAUUUGGGAUUUAGAGAUCCGGUGAAAAGAAAAUUAUGUGAGUACAAUGCGAUUUCAUAUAAUGACCAGAUGAGAUUAAGGACAGCAGUUGAACUUUUGAAAGCUACAAAGGACAUUGAAUCACAGUUGGAAAAAAUUUGCUCUCCGUUGCUGAUUCUUCAUGGAGCAGCAGACCAGGUAACCGACCCUCACGUUAGCGAGUUCUUGUACGAGAAGUCCAGUACGCAAGACAAGACCCUCAAGCUCUAUGAAGGUGCCUACCACUCUAUCCUAGAGGGAGAACCCGACGAUCGUAUUUCAACCGCCAUCAACGACAUCAUUUCCUGGCUGGAUUCACACUGUUGAGUACGGAUGUACAUGGUCUUAUUCAUUGGCACAAUUCUAGUCCCCUUAAUACUGGAUGGAUAACUGGUGAUCCCACUAUAUUGUGCUUUCUUUAUAAAGCAAGGCAAGUGAUUGCCUUUUCUCUAAAAAAAUAUUGGAUGGGUCAAAUAAUAAAACGCAGUUUCGAGGCCUUCAGCCUGGGGCGAGCAUGAAAGUCACUGCUGCCAUAGUUUCAGAAACAUGAUGUAGAGUACAUGGAUUGUUUAUCUCGUUUUCUGAGACUCCACCUUCAUGCUUACGUUAAUUUGUUAGCUGUCAACAACUUGAUUCCGUCAGCAGCAGGCUAUAUCAUUAUUAUCAUUUUGUUCUUU